GUUUACAACCCGGAACUCAUCUCCACGUGUAGCUAUGGGACCCACCGGCGGAAGAGGGUUUGUUGUGAUGUUGUCCAACGCGUGGGUCACUCCUCUCCCGUCAUGUGUUCUUUAAUUGUACCAACAAAAGGCAUAAUGUCAACUGCGGAGAGCCAAAUGGAAAACGACGGUCCGGAAGAAGAGCUGAAAGGGACCAGGAGAAAGAUCUCUCUUCUGAACUGUGGUGUGUGUGGAUCAGAAGAGGCGAAGUACACAUGUCCAGCCUGUGUCGCCCAUACUUGCAGCGCGCUGUGUGUGAAGAAACACAAAGACGAUACAGGAUGCAGUGGAGUCAGAAAUAAAACGGCCUUUGUGACCCUCUCAGAUUUUGAUGAAAUGACACUUCUCAAUGACUACAGGCUUCUGGAGGAUACAGGACGAUUUGCUGGUGGUGCCACCAGAGACAAACUCAUCCGAACUCCCCGUUCCACUUUAAAAACAAAGAAGCUGGCAGCCAAUGCCAGAAAGAUCAAUAUCACAUUGAGGUUCCUCCCCAUCACCUUCACCAAGAGCAAAGAAAACUCUACUGUCUUCUUCACGAAAGAAAAACUGUUCCUGUGGCACCUGAAGCUCAUCUUUCCUCAGAGCAGCACAGAGUUCAGUCAGAGGAGGGUGUCCGAGAUGCAAACCCUGGAGCAGAUCUUGACCCCUUAUAUCCAUCCUACAGAGUCGGACCCUGUGACGUGCCAAAAGUUGAAGAUGUAUGUACGCACUCCGUUUGAUCAUGUGAAGGUCUUCAUGAAAGCAGAGGGGAGAAAGGCUAACUCUGUCAGGUACCAUGAGUUGGACAUUCACAAGACCCUAAGGGACAACCUGAGCUACAAAACACUGAUUGAAUAUCCUGUGCUGCAUGUUGUACUCAGAGAUCAUUGGAAGGAGUUUCCACUAAAAGGACCAGCUGAACCUGCCUCAGCCUGCAGAAGUUUUGCAUUAAAGAAGGAGGGGAUGGACCAGCAAAAGGAGGGUGUCAUCCAAGUUUCACCAUCCCUACGAGGAGCUCGCAACCCCGGGGGAACCAACAUCUGGGCAGGAACCUCAAAGACAAGCCCUGAAACUGAAGGUCCACAAGUGAAAAGGGCCAAGAGAGAAGAAGUGAAGGGAGAUCUCGAGGAGGGAGAGAUCACAGAAAGUAGUGAUGAAGAGGAGGAGGAGGAAGGAAAAAACGCUGAAGAAAAUACUCCAUGUGGUAAGAGCUGUGACGGUGACAAAAGCCCUGCUAAUGACAUGGAGGUGAUUAAGGACAAACUAAAAGACAGCGUGGAUGUUAAUGUUGAGGAGGGUAUUAAUUAACACAGUGACAGCAGCAGGGACCAGUGUUUAAAUGAGAACAUCUCUGGUUCCUUCUGAUGACAAUUGAGCUGUCAGAAAAGAGUGCUGAGGUCAGCAUGACUAAGGAUGAUGCUGAGAAAUACUCAGCCUGUUCAUAUCCAUCACUGUCAUGAUGAAAAUGACUCAGCUAAAGCUGCUGACAGCUGUGGACUGGAAUGAUAAUGGCCUGAUGUGAGGAGUGAAAUGAAUGAGGUAGCAGACAUAUCUGACAGGAAGUCAUCAAUCUUGUGUCAGUGGACCUGUUCAACCCGACAGUGUUUUCAGUUGUUUUAAAGAGAUUGUUUCGAGAAACGAAGACGGUGGUUAAUACGGCUGUAUCAUUGUAUAUAGAUGGAAUCAAUUCAAUGUUUAAUGUUUAUAAUUUAGGUCAAGAUAAUCUGUCUGGAAACAUGCUUUCUUUAAU